CGAGCGGCGGCCGUUCACGCGAGACUUGAAGAGAGAAGGAGGGAGGCGCGGGGGAGGGGGAGGGGGAGGGAAGCGGAGACACAACAAACAUGGCGACGGCGGCGGUGGCGACGAAGACGGUGACGAAGACAUCGACGGCGGCGGAGGUGGACGCGGCGGCGGCGACGGAGACGACGACGGUGCCUGUUCGAAGCGGUUGUCAAGAGACCUCUGCAAAAGGGCUGUUCAAUUUUAGUUGAAAGUCUCUCCAUGGCCUUUUGGAGUCAGUUAGCAUAUUUCCAGAGUGGAUUUCAAUUACUCUACAUUUCAUCAAUGUUGGAGUGGAAAGAAAAAGGUGGAAUUGAUUUGGGUUGAAAAGGUAUAAGAAAUCAUAAACUCAGAAGGUGAAUAUGGGUGAAAAGAAACCAGAGCCUCUGGACUUUGUGAAGGAUUUUCAGGAAUAUCUCACUCAACAGACCCACCACGUGAACAUGAUCUCUGGAUCAGUUAGUGGGGACAAAGAAGCAGAAGCUCUUCAGGGAGCUGGGACAGAUGGUGAUCAAAAUGGACUUGAUCAUCCAUCUGUUGAAGUGUCCUUGGAUGAAAACUCAGGAAUGCUGGUGGAUGGAUUUGAAAGGACAUUUGAUGGAAAACUAAAAUGUCGAUACUGCAACUAUGCCAGCAAAGGAACAGCUCGGCUCAUUGAACAUAUUAGAAUUCACACAGGUGAAAAACCUCAUAGAUGUCACUUAUGUCCAUUUGCAUCAGCUUAUGAGCGUCAUCUAGAAGCCCAUAUGCGUUCCCAUACUGGCGAAAAACCAUACAAAUGUGAAUUAUGUUCCUUCCGCUGCAGUGAUAGAAGUAAUCUUUCCCAUCAUCGUAGACGUAAACAUAAAAUGGUACCAAUUAAAGGUACUAGGUCUUCCUUAAGCAGCAAGAAAAUGUGGGGGGUUUUACAAAAGAAGACUAGCAAUCUAGGGUAUAGCAGGAGAGCACUAAUCAAUUUGAGCCCACCUUCCAUGGUGGUUCAGAAACCAGACUACCUGAAUGAUUUUACCCAUGAAAUCCCAAAUAUCCAACCUGAUACUUAUGAAAGCAUGGGGAAAACGACACAGACCGGGGGCCUGCCAAGGGACCCACAAGAACUCAUGGUUGACAACCCGUUAAAUCAGCUAUCCACUCUAGCAGGACAGUUAUCUAGCUUGCCACCUGAGAAUCAAAACCCAGCAUCUCCUGAUGUUGUUCCAUGCCCUGAUGAAAAGCCUUUUAUGAUUCAGCAGCCCACCACCCCAACAGUUGUUUCUGCUGUAUCAACAAGUAUUCCUCAGAGCUCAUCUCCGACAAGUCCCGAACCUCGGCCAUCACACAGUCAGAGGAACUAUAGCCCUGUGGCAGGCCCAAGCAGCGAACGCAGUGCUCACACUAGUACUCCCAGCAUAAGUAACAGCCAGCCCAGCACGCCAGCCCCUGCCCUGCCAGUGCAGGAUCCUCAGCUUCUGCAUCACUGCCAGCACUGUGACAUGUACUUUGCAGACAAUAUUCUUUAUACUAUUCACAUGGGAUGUCAUGGGUUUGAAAACCCUUUUCAGUGUAAUAUAUGUGGAUGCAAAUGUAAAAACAAGUAUGAUUUUGCCUGUCAUUUUGCUAGAGGACAACAUAACCAGCACUGAUACAAAACAAUCGCAUCAUGCUUUUUUUUUUGGUCUUGCUUUUUUACAAUUUCAUGUUUCUAUCAUCUUUAAUGAGGUAUCUACUAAUUUAAGAGAUCAUAUCUUAUAUUUCUAAAUUGUAAAUUUGACAAUGGAGACAAAUUUUUCUUGUCUGGUCAGGGUCAUUUAUGUGUUAGUGAUAUGGUAGAUAGGAUUUAAUUUAGUUUCACAUCUUUUUUUUUCUCUUUGUUCAGUAGAUAAGAAUUGGAGUGCAAUUAUAUCUUAUGAGCUUUCAUUUAAUUUUUCUACAUUUAAUAUCCAUAAACACUUUAUAAUGGUCAUCCAGUCUUCUAAAUAUUUUUAUUCAUCUUAUUUCAACUUGUAGAAGUAUUUGGUACUUUGUAACUUCUACUUUGUUCUAAAAUGGUGAUUAAAUUUUGUUUACUAAACUGAACCACUUAAAAUGUUUAGUGGGAGGGUUAUUUUAAAAUAACUUUUAAUUAAUAACUUUAUUCCCAUGUUUUGAAUUCAAACAAUUGUAUCAGUUAAACUGACAAUGGCUUUAACUGGUUUGCCUUUUUUGCCAAGGGAAAAAAUGAUAUACAGUUUCUUAUGUUAAAAAAAAGAUGAUAUGAAAAAAUUAAUACCAUUUUCUUGAAAAGAAAAAGAUCCCAGCAUCUAAAAUUAUUUUGAAAACAUAUUGUUAACUUCCAUGAUAUAAAAUAAAUAAAAUUUCGUAUUUGUAUGUUUUUUACUCUAUUUUGGAAUGGGUGAAAAGCUGGUCAAUUUCCAUUGCAUUCACACAAUUGCACUUUCAAGUCUAUUAAAAAAAUUGAGCUAAGCAAAAUAAGUAUUUGUUGGAUGAGGGUACAUGUUAUUUCACCAAAGUGACCCUGAAAAUGUCUUUUCCUUUUAACAUUGUACUUUUUCAUUUUAAAUUUGUUCUGGUGUUAUAGGCAUCAGACAGACCAGAUAACUAAUAGGAGUUGCAAUUUCCUCCUAAUAAUUUGAUUACCAAAGAUGAACAUCAGAAUGUCUUUCUUUACAAUUACUUUUUUUAGUUGGAAAAUAUCCUUCAAAAAGUUUUGGGAUUUUUCUGCCCUUCCUCCUGUCCCUUACCUGACAAUCUUUUCUAAGAAAGCAACAAAAACGUGGACAUGUGUAAAAAAUUUAAUUUGAAAAAGUUAGCUAACAUAAGUCAAGAGUAAGCCUAUUCAAAACCUGCCUUAAACUCUUGUGUAAAUUGUAGUUUAGUGCCAAUAUUUUCUUUGGAUUAAAACUGUCAUGGUCAUUUGCAGGUACACUUAACAGUAAAUAAUAAUAAUGUAUAUAGACAUACAUCUAUGAAGGGCAUUUACAUCAGUUCAGUAAUAAAGGAUGGAAGGCUAACAGGGAUACAUUUUCCUAAAUUUGACAUUUAUAAAGAUUAUAAGAAGUACUGCAUAAAAGUAGAGUGAAUUCACUUUGAAGAGAAUGCUACUCCUUUCCAAUCAUAUGAUAAAAAUAGGAAUAAUUAGGUUGGUUAAACAAUUACUGAUAAUUUUUAAAUUAGUUGGGAUUUGAAAAUAGUACUACAUAGUCUUACAUAGAAAAUCUUAAUUUUUAAAGUAUAUUUAUUAACCAAAAAUUACCUCUAGACCAAAAUGGAAAACAUUGAUGCCAUUAGCUAACAAUAAAUAUCCUUGAUUCUGUAAGGCUAAUGGACUCUCCAGUUGUCACUGAGCUGGGAAUGCUGGAAAGCCAUUAAAAUGUGAUUUUGUGUUUAACAUAAAUUAUAAAUUCAUCUUGAUCAAAGUAUUUCAGUAUAUUGAAUUAAAGACUAUUUCCCCAAAACAAAUACAAAUGUCUUCUUCCUCAUAAAAUUUAAAGGUUUAAGCCUCAGAAACAAACAUUCUAUUUUGCAGUAUUAAAUAUUUUAUUCUGAAAAUCAUUCUUCCUGUAGGAACCCAAAUGUAAGACUUGGUUCUAUGUGUGGGAGGGAAGAAACAAUUAUUUGAAAUAUUUUUGAAUUUUAAAAAAGUUCACCCUUGUAUGCCUCAAAAUACAAAAUGGAAUUUUUAGCUUAAAAAAACUGCUUGUAAAAUUCAGAAUAUACAACUCACUGUGUUGUCUGUGCCAAACAAUGACUCGAAUGUUUUUUUCUGACAACUAAAAUUAGAUUUUUAAUGCGCAUUUAAAAAUGACAUAUAUAAGGGGUAGUUUUCCACAAUUUUAUACUAGUAUAAAUACAAAUGCUAACAUUCACUAAAACUAAAAGAGCACAAUUGGUAUUCCAAAGUUAUUGCCUGCUUACAAUCUAAAUUUAAUUCUAAAUGUGUUGAAAUGCACUAAAUUGUUAAAGGUCAAUCUAUCAACUUUUUUGUAUUAGUUUUAAAAUUUAGGAAUUUAUUUAACAUCUGUAUUUGGAAGAAUGUUAAUUUCUUCACUUAAGUAUUAAACACACAUUUCCCCCUACUUUAUUUUAAUCAAACAUUUUAUAAACAAAAUUUGUUGAGAAAAACUUUAACAUGCACUAUUUAUAGUAUUUUAUUGUUAACAGGCAUUUUAAUGUUCUGAGACUAAAUUUAUUUUUGUUCAGUGAACAUAAUGGUUUAGAUUUUAAAGUUGGUAGAUAACUCAUCUCCACUAAUAUUUUUUUAAGAAACUGUGAAGAUUAAAUGGGAAUAAUUUUAUUUCAGAUUUUACAAAUGCAGUGUGUUAAAUACAGCUUCUUGAAAUUCAAGUAAAGGCUUGGAUUAUCUAUUAGAUAAUCCCAUAGGAUAUUUUCCACUGCUGUUUCAAUACAGAAAUAGAUGUGUUGCUAUGAAGAUACAGGAAUUUAUAAGACAAAGGGAAUGUUAAAUUACCAAGAAAUUUUCCAUCAGGCCUGAUGACAACUUCAGGCUCUGAAAAAAACAUGUGUCAAAUUGAUGUCCUAUUACAGAAAAACAUCCCCUGCUAAGUACUUUUUUCAUUGAGCAGUCUCAGAGUCUAUAUGCAUUGUGUUUACUUUUAUUAAUAUGUAUUUCAAUUUAAAGAACAUAUUUUAUAUUCAAAAGAUGAAACGAGUUAUAGAUGUAAGAUACUUUAUGUUGUGUAGUGAUUACAGAAAAAUUUAAUUCCAAAUAACAACUUUAGUGCAGUUCAUGUUGUGAAACUUUGCUUUUGUAAAAUAUGAAUAAAAUAAUGCUUUCUAAUGACUAAUAUCCUUUUUUUAAAA